AUUCGGGGGCGGGGUCAAGCAGGGGCCUGGCCUCCCGCCCCGCCCCCUCGCGCCAAACUACACUUCCCAUUGUGCCCUCUCGCACUUCCUGCCGCGCUGCACGCUGGGAGUGUGGUAUCUGGUAUCUGGAGGCCUAAAGGACCCAGGAAUCCCUUCCUCUUCCGCCCUGGCCUGGUCUCCGCAGAGGAUCUGUUGCCAUCAUGUCGGCUGCGAUUGCAGCUCUGGCGGCGUCCUAUGGUUCGGGUUCAGGGUCUGAGUCGGACUCGGACAGCGAGGGCAGUCGCUGUCCUCUGCCAGCCGCAGACUCCCUUAUGCACUUGACUAAAUCGCCUUCAACCAAGUCCUCUCUGGCAGUGGCGGUGGACUCGGCUCCGGAGGUGGCAGUUAAGGAAGAUUUGGAGACUGGAGUUCACCUUGACCCUGCUGUAAAAGAAGUUCAGUAUAAUCCUACCUAUGAGACCAUGUUUGCUCCUGAGUUUGGACCUGAAAAUCCCUUUAGGACCCAGCAAAUGGCUGCCCCUAGAAAUAUGCUUUCUGGAUAUGCUGAACCAGCUCAUAUCAAUGAUUUUAUGUUUGAACAACAAAGAAGAACUUUUGCCACAUAUGGUUAUGCAUUAGACCCUUCAUUAGAUAAUCAUCAAGUGUCUGCUAAAUAUAUUGGUUCAGUGGAAGAAGCUGAAAAAAAUCAAGGUUUAACUGUGUUUGAAACUGGUCAGAAGAAAAUAGAGAAGAGGAAAAAGUUCAAAGAAAAUGAUGCAUCUAAUAUUGAUGGUUUCUUGGGACCAUGGGCAAAAUAUGUGGAUGAAAAAGAUGUAGCCAAGCCUUCAGAAGAAGAACAAAAAGAAUUGGAUGAAAUCACAGCAAAGAGGCAGAAGAAAGGCAAACAGGAGGAAGAAAAACCUGGGGAAGAGAAGACAAUCUUACAUGUUAAAGAAAUGUAUGACUAUCAGGGCAGGUCCUAUCUUCACAUACCUCAGGAUGUUGGUGUUAAUCUCCGGUCAACUGUGCCACCUGAAAAGUGUUACCUUCCAAAAAAACAAAUUCAUGUAUGGUCUGGACACACAAAGGGUGUCAGCGCAGUCAGAUUGUUUCCCCUCUCCGGCCAUUUGUUGCUGUCUUGUUCCAUGGACUGUAAAAUUAAGCUAUGGGAGGUUUAUGGAGACCGGCGCUGUUUGCGAACAUUUAUUGGUCACAGUAAAGCUGUUAGGGACAUCUGCUUCAAUACUGCAGGAACACAGUUCCUCAGUGCAGCCUAUGACAGGUAUCUUAAGCUCUGGGAUACUGAGACAGGACAGUGUAUAUCAAGAUUUACAAACCGAAAAGUGCCCUAUUGCGUCAAAUUCAAUCCUGAUGAAGAUAAGCAAAAUCUCUUUGUGGCUGGAAUGUCUGAUAAGAAGAUUGUGCAAUGGGACAUUCGAAGUGGAGAAAUUGUGCAGGAAUAUGAUCGCCAUUUGGGAGCUGUCAACACCAUUGUUUUUGUUGAUGAGAAUAGAAGAUUUGUGAGCACAUCUGAUGAUAAAAGCCUAAGAGUUUGGGAAUGGGAUAUCCCAGUGGAUUUCAAGUAUAUAGCAGAACCCAGUAUGCACUCAAUGCCUGCGGUGACUUUGUCUCCAAAUGGGAAAUGGCUAGCAUGCCAGUCAAUGGACAACCAAAUCUUAAUUUUUGGAGCACAGAACAGAUUUAGAUUAAAUAAGAAAAAAAUUUUUAAAGGCCAUAUGGUAGCAGGCUAUGCUUGUCAAGUAGACUUUUCACCAGACAUGAGCUAUGUGAUUUCAGGAGAUGGAAAUGGAAAGUUAAACAUUUGGGACUGGAAGACCACAAAACUCUAUAGUCGGUUUAAAGCUCAUGAUAAAGUGUGUAUAGGUGCAGUGUGGCAUCCACAUGAAACAUCUAAGGUCAUAACAUGUGGCUGGGAUGGUCUCAUUAAGUUGUGGGAUUAAUCUUUGUACUAUCCAGGAUCAUUUUUGAUCCAAUGUCAUAUUUAACUGUAUUUAAUUAUUAAAUGUGUUUGUUGAUACCCUGAUUUUUACAGAUAAUGUUUCCUUACAUAGCCAUAUGAUGUUGUGCUAUUGUUUGUAAAAUUGAUUUAUAAUUUCAUUGGCAACUUCAUUUUGGUCUUUAUAGGUGUUUAUACAGA